AUGGAAGACGACGUGAAAAAAAGAGUGCUGGCCCCGGGGGGAUCUCCUCCCCUCCGUCCUGGGAGGAUCGCGAGGAUCUCCUCCCCUCCGUCUCCAGAACUCCGUGUCGUGUCGAUGAACGAAACGAAAUUUGCAGGUCAGGGGAGGGUGAACCAACUCGGAGGAGUUUUCAUCAACGGGAGGCCGCUGCCGAAUCACAUCCGGUUGAAGAUCGUGGAGAUGGCGGCGGCGGGAGUGCGUCCGUGCGUGAUAUCCCGUCAACUGCGGGUGAGUCACGGAUGCGUGAGCAAGAUCCUGAACCGAUAUCAAGAGACGGGGAGCAUCCGCCCCGGGGUGAUCGGGGGUUCCAAACCCCGAGUUGCCACCCCGGAGGUGGAGAAACGCAUCGAGGAUUACAAGAAGGACAACCCCGGCAUCUUCUCCUGGGAGAUCCGCGACAAACUCAUCAAGGUCUGUCCUCUCCAGUCUCCCAUCGACGAGUCGCGACGAGAGGUGACGACGGUGCGUGCUCCGCAGGAGGGGAUAUGCGACGCGAACAGCGUGCCGAGCAUCAGCUCCAUCAGUCGACUGCUUCGGGGAGGAGCGACGAGGAAGGACCACAGCAUCGAUGGCAUCCUCGGUGAGCGAAAGAAAAGAUCUUUCUCCCCCCGGGGAGGGAUGCACCCAAACCGCGUGGGAAUCCAUUUCGGGGGAAAUGACAUAGAAUUUCCAUGGGUUGGACUCGCGGAGGAUGAAACGUCUCUGGAAGGGGAAAUGAUAGAUCCCACCUACGCUUCCUCGGUGGCAUCCUUCACUCGCGAGGGAAGACCACACGCAAAGGGUUGCAGCGAUUCGGACACGGAAUCCGAGCCGGGGAUCCCUUUGAAGAGGAAGCAGAGGAGGAAUCGGACCACCUUCACGGCCGAACAGCUGGAAGUCCUGGAAAAAGCCUUCCAAAAAUCACAGUAUCCUGAUGUCUACACCAGAGAGGAACUCGCACAAAAGAGCAGACUGACGGAGGCACGGGUCCAGGUGUGGUUCAGCAACCGAAGGGCUCGGUUACGGAAGCACUUGAACGGACUGAACGCCCUGACGGGGACGUCGCCUUCUGCCGAUAUGUACGUCUCUGCUGCUGCUGCCGCCGCCACCACAUCGGGUAACGCGGGGAUGAUGUGCCAAGGCGGAGGAGGAACGGGGGGUGGAGGAUACGGAGGGAACUGGGGCUGGUCUCAGCCGUCCGCGCCCUAUCACUCCUUUCACCACUAUCCGAGUCAGUAUCACCAUCCGCACGGAAUGGAAUCCAUGACGAACUCGAAGAUGACGGAUCCGAACGCCUUUUGGACGAAUUCGUCCUACAAUCGAACUACCUCCAACUCCUCUUCGUCGCCCUCGUGCUACGAUUACAAGCCGGGAAUGGGGGAGAGCUGCAGCGGGACCUUCGGCACGGACCCAUCCAAAGUCCCGUCCACCUCCCCCUACGCCUCUCAUUUCACCCCGAUCGGAGUCACGAAAGACAUCAUUGUCACGCUCGUCACGAAAAACGGGAAGCCAGACGCGCUCCGAUACCUCGUGGCGAGGACGUGUCGCUGCGAGGACGUCGUUGCUGGGAGGACGUCGUCGCGCGCCCGCGACCCGGCCGGGAGCGAUUCGAUGACGGUCGCGGAAUCUCGUGAAAAAUCGAAGGACGAACCUUUCGCUUCGCGGAUCGUCGCGAAUCGGACGGGGACGGGAGGUACGCCGAAUGGAGUCACGGCAUCUCACGAGUGUGGAAACCGCAUUAGCGAUAUCUCCCAGCUGGUUCCGGCGGUGCCGGGACGUCCCUUCCCGAAGAGCUCCCAGGCGGGGUCGUCGGGAACCGAGUCUGGAGAUUCCAGGCCCGUCGAGAGGCUGAAGCCCGUCGUCACCGUGCGGCAUGCGAGCGGGAGCGGAAGCGAAGACGGGGACGCAGCGGUGGCAUUCCUUUUCCGGACUCCCGCGUCCGCGAGGGACCGCAUCCUGCGUCCCGGGGACGAGAACGAGACUUUACAAUUACUAACUCAUGAUUCAUGGGGAGCCGACAACGUACGAGCGUGA